AUGGUUUCCUACCCAGACUCGUCGAGUGCCGAGCGCUCACUGCCCAUCCGGCGUCCGUCGUCGGUGGUGUCCCAUUCCUCGCGCGCAUCCACCGUCCGCAGACAUCGCCAGCACCGGUCCAACGUUGGGAGCCCGUCGCUAGCCCCCCAGAAUGAAUUUCCCGUGUUUACGCAUACCGGCGACGUCGAAAUCGUCAUCAACAACGGACGGAAGCACAUGCGCUAUCUGUUGCACAAGUUGAUUCUGACGCAAUGCUCUGGCUUCUUUGAGGCUGGCACGAGUGACGAGUGGGCGACUGCCGGCGAUGUGACCAAUGCCGGUCCUAGCAACGGCACCGCCCUAUCGAGGAUACCAUCAGGGUCACGGCCGGAGCAGAAGAGGAAAUGGAGAUACGAGAUGGAUUGGGGCAGCGGCGACGAUGACCUGCCCAUGCUCGUGCAGAAGAAGAAUCAGCCUACAAUGUUUGGCGGCGACCCAAGUCCACCUCCACAGCCGCCUAAUGCGCGCAACAAGCCUGCACCACCACAGUCAGGCUUCUUCCGCAGCAUGGCCAACUUCUCCACUCUACACGUGCCAACAGCACCUGCUCCUGAGACCGACCCCGACGACGACAUCUUCCGAGACUACGACAACCUGUUCCGCAUCUUCUACAACUACCCGCCCUCGCUUGAUGCUGUCAAUAUCGCCAAUGCAUAUGUAGAGUGCAAAUCGCUUCUGCAACUCGCCGACAUGUACGACGCGCUUGGUGUCAUCGGACCGCGCGUGGACCACCAUCUGCUGCGCUUCCAGGGGCGACUGUGGAAACAGAUAGCGAAAUAUCCACCCAGCUAUCUCAAACUGGGCUACAUGGCACGGAGUAAAGCCAUCUUUGCCGAAGCCAUGGUGCACGUCGUCGGACAAUGGCCACAGGGCAUCAACCAACUGCGCGGUCAAAUCGCCGAGCCUGUCCUUGAGUUGAUAGAAGACAAGGUUGACGAGAUGGAUGAGCUGAAGGCGAAGAUUGAAGUCAAGCUCUUUCGCUUAUCGCUCACAACUAGUCGCGGCGAGCGUGUCAGUCCAUCGAGCAACUGGCUGGACUGGAUAGCAGUCUCACUGUUCCGGCAAUGGCUAGCGGAGAAUACCACGCCACCCCCAGCUCCGAUUCUCAAAUCACCACGGCCUCAAAACUCGCGAGAUGGAGCGCCGCUGCCAGCUCCACCCGUCUUCAACACAGGCCGUAUCUUCCGCUUACUCGGCCAGGCUGGCUCAACUUACCUCAAUCACGACGAAUGCAAGCGCUUUCUGCGACUGAAUCCGGAUCACUACAACCGUGACAACCUCAAGCGAUUCGAACGAAGGAUUGACGAGAUCAAGAACAAGGCCAAGGACGCAGUAAAGCCGCUGAUGCGCAACUUCCUCGAGCUUGACCUGCGAGAAGGCGGCCUGCCUUAUUUGACGUGCACAAGAAUCGAUCCGCAAGACUUUCCGUGGGAUGAUAUAUAA